UCCCUCCGCGGCACGCAGCGUGGCUGCUCGUUGGCUACUUAGAGCGGAAGCUCGGUUGGUGUCUCUCCAGAAGUUUCCCCCUCGGGCGGCGCCGAAGCUGGUAACCUCCGUAGUAGCAGCUGCAGCAACACAACAUUGACUAGUAGAGAUGGCGGCGGCUGCAGCUGGACCUGCAACAGCCCAAACGUUUUGCCGGAACUUCUCAGAUGCUCUGAUUGACGAGGACCCCCAGGCGGCCUUAGAGGAGCUGACUAAGGCCUUGGAACAGAAACCGGAUGAUGCACAAUAUUAUUGUCAAAGAGCUUAUUGUCACAUCCUUCUUGGGAAUUACUGUGAUGCUGUUGCUGAUGCAAAGAAAUCUCUUGAAUUUAAUCCAAAUAAUCCCACUGCUAUGCUGAGAAAAGGGAUAUGUGAAUACCAUAAAAAAAACUAUGCUGCUGCUCUGGAAACAUUUACAGAAGGACAGAAAUUAGAUAGUGCGGAUACUGAUUUUAUUGUCUGGAUUAAAAGGUGUCAAGAAGCUCAGAAUGAGUCACAAUCAAUGGCGUCUGUAUCCCAGAGGACUCCUCAGUCAAAAAUCAAGUAUGACUGGUAUCAAACAGAAUCUCAAGUAAUCAUUACACUUAUGAUUAAGAAUGUUCAGAAGAAUGACGUAAAUGUGGAAUUUUCAGAAAAAAAGUUGUCUGCUUUGGUGAAACUUCCUGCUGAAGAGGAUUACAAUUUGAAUCUGAGACUUCUUCAUUCUAUAAUACCAGAACAGAGUACGUUUAAAGUACUUUCAACAAAGAUUGAAAUUAAAAUGAAAAAGUCAGAGGCUGUGAGAUGGGAAAAGCUCGAGGGAGAAGAAGAGCCUAAGCCAAAACAGUUCGUAGCAGAUGUAAAGAACCUAUAUCCAUCAUCAUCUCUAUAUACAAGAAAUUGGGAUAAAUUGGUUGGAGAAAUCAAGGAAGAAGAAAAGAAUGAGAAGUUGGAGGGAGAUGCAGCUUUAAACAAAUUAUUUCAGCAGAUCUAUUCAGAUGGUUCUGAUGAAGUGAAACGUGCCAUGAACAAAUCAUUUAUGGAGUCUGGUGGUACAGUUUUGAGUACCAACUGGUCUGAUGUAGGUAAAAGAAAAGUUGAAAUCAAUCCUCCUGAUGAUAUGGAAUGGAAAAAGUACUAAAUAAAUUAAUUUGCUAUUACUGUAUUGCAUAUAUUCACCUAAUGCCCAUUGUGUAUUAUUAAUAUUGCAUUCUUGAAUUUUGAACACUGAGUAUCUUUUUCAAAGAUUAUACCUCUUUACCUCUCUGUGCUUUAGAAAUUAUUUUCCUUCAAGUGUUCAAAGAGUCUAAUGAAGAAUAUAGGUCAUAUUUUAUCACUCUAUCCUUGAGGAUUUUAGACAUGCUGAGAUGGAGUGAGGUAUCAUUUGCUACUAGAUAGAUUAGUUCUAUCUAGUUGUGGGAAUGGAGAAAUUGUCCAUUGGGUAUCUUGGGUUAUUGCCUUAUUUUUGAUGCAGUGUUCUGUUAAUAAUUUAUCAGACUUGGCAACUUUGGGUGAGCAUAGACUUUUCAACUUCAGUGUUAUAUUGUUUGCUUUAAAACUGCUUUUGAAUUGAAUUGUAAAUACAGUUUUUUCUGUGAAGAAGUUUGGCUUAUUUACCUUUUUCUUAAGUUUUUAAUGAGAAAUUAUUUAUCACAGGGAAUUCCCAUUUGGUUCUUUUUAUGAGAAGUCUUUGUAAUUGCACUGGGAUUUUGAUCCUUAUCUUCCAAAUUCCUGUAUAAAACACAGACACCUGAGUUUAAUUAACAUGCUGCAAAUUUAACUGUACUGAAAGCCAAUCUGUGAAGAUGAGAACAGAGUGAUUUAAGGAAGCCCAACUUCACUUCGUGCUGCUUUUGCCUUACCAGGAUUCCUGAAAUUAUAGCACUGGUGGUUUAGUUUGGUUUUUGUAGGAUUUAUUUAUUUUUUCUUUAUUAGAAAACUUUUUCAUAUCCAGUGGUUACUUUGGUUUCAGCGGUUUAGGGUAGCUGCUAAGAGAGUAAAUUAAUAUGUACCUAUUUAGUAUUAUUUAGUAACAUUUUAUGAUCAGGCACUACUCUGCCUUCAUAGCUGAGGAUAGGAUAAACGGAAGGUAAAUUUGCCAUCAUUUCAGCCUCUGAAAGAGUGAGAAUUUAGCCUCUUCUAGUCAUUUGAUAAUGAAGUUUAGGGUUGUUCAUAAGGAAAAUGGUGGAGUGAUACCAGAGUAUGCCCAUCCUGUUGUUACAGCUAUUUAAGCAUCGGGGGAGAGGGGAAUGUCAGAGUGUUCACUUGUCCUUUUUGCCCGUUUGGAGUACAGGUUACAUUUCUUUGUUCUUGAACACUGAAGGUAAAGGUACAAUUACGUUCUUGAUUGUAUGAAUUUCUAAAAUUUUCCCCUUAGGGAAACUAUUAGUGAAUUUUUCAUUCUCUAUGUUAAAUUUUCUCAAUACCAUUAGCCCUAAGGGAUCGGUAGGAUAUUGCUGCAGAGGUGAUGUCAGGGAAGAAUACAGCACUACACCAGAGAUAAGAAUCUUAGUUCUAGUAAGUCUCUGCCACCUAGUGGCUUUAUAAUCUUCAACAGGUUUAGCCUUUCUGUCUUAGUUUCUGUGUCUGUAAAUAAUCUAUAGGUCUUAGAGUUAUAAGUAGAAGCCCAUGAUUCUAAAUACAGAAACAUUUUUGCCAAUUAAGAAUAACUUUUUUUUCCCCUUAGGAAUGACACUACUAUAAUAGAAAUUUAUUUUUUUGUUUUAAAUUUAGUACUAGUUUUUCUUGUAUUUUAAAGGAUACAUUAUAUAUAGUUUGUUUAUUGGCGAGGUUUUUUAAAAUUUUAAAAUAUAGUCCGGUCGUCGUAGCUCAGUGGUUGAGUGUCGACCUAUGAACCAGGAGGUCACGGUUCUAUUCCCAGUUAGGGCACAUGCCCAGGUUGUGGGCUCGAUCCUCAGUGUGGGGCAUGCAGGAGGCAGUCUGUCAAUGAUUCUCUCUCAUCAUUGAUUUUUUUUUCUUUUCUAUUUUUUUUUUUUAUUGAUUUCAGAAAGGAAGGAAGGGAAAGAGAGAGAGAGAAACAUCAAUGAUGAGAGAGAAUCAUUGACUGGAUAUCUCCUGCACAGCCCCUACUGAGGAUUGAGCCCACAACCCAGGAAUGUGCCCUUGACUGGAAUCGAACCCAAGACCCUUCAGUCUGCAGGCUGACGCUCUAUGCCCUGAGCCAAACCAGCUAGGACUCAUCAUUGAUGUUUCUACCUCUCGCUAUCCUCCCUUCCUCUAUGAAAUAAAAAUAUAUUUUAAAGAUUUUUUAAAAAAUUAUAAAAUAUAUCUGAUCUAGAUUUAUUAUAAAGAAGGGAAUUUGAAGUAGUUUAGACCACUGUCCUAAAGUACUGCUUCUCUUUCCUCAUACAUAAUGAAAAUUUGUAAGCCUCCAGAAAGUUUAAACUUCAUUUUGAUUAAGAACCUUGUAACUUUAUCCUUAUUUUCUACUCUUAGCUUAGCUAUCAUUAAUUGGUCUCACUUUCUUUCUAGACUCCCAUUUCCAGUUCUCAAUUUUUUUAUCUCAGCAUUCUUGGUUAAUCUUUUGUUUCUUUGAAAUGUACAUUUUUUCACUUAGUAUUUAUUUUUAAGGUUCAAUCCUGGAAGCCUUUUCUUUCUUUUUUCUUAAUCUUAAAUUCUUCAUCUAUUCUCCUGAUUUCUGUCAUCACCUAUACCUUGAUGAUUUCCCAGAACUUUCCCUCUAUCUUCAAAGAAUGGGAUAAUCUACUUCUUUGAAUUCUACUAUCAAGGAAUCUCUUAGUUGGCUAUAACAUAGGUUUGAAACAUCAGGGUCCAUUUCAAUAAUUCUGUCUUGUAUCCUAACCCAUUUGUAAUUGGUUGCUAACUAAUAAGUUCACUCAUUAAUAUUGGCAAUUACUGGUCAUUUACAAAAAAUAAUCUGCUUUAUCUUUAUAUGGAAUGCAGAAAAAGGAUGGCUUGCAUUAACUACAUUUUUUUUUUUUAACAUUUUCAUGUUUUAGAUUUGUGAUAUUCACUAACUGCAGAACACUGAAUUAUUAUGGUUGCUGUCUUCCUGACUUUGGGAGAGAAUUUCUUAGUAGGCUACUAGGAUAGGACAAGGAAGAAAAAAGUUGCACUGUCCCAUAUAAAUUUUCUAGAUAAAUUUCAACAAACAUUUAAAAUGGGGAUAUGUUACUAUUGUUAUAAAUAGUCAAAUUUAAUUUUAAUUUAGUUCAAUAAUUGCAUAUUUGGUUAUCCUUUCCCACAUUAUCUUUUUUUCUUCUCCAGUUAUGUACAUUAUCACUUUAUGCCAUUGAUCUCUGAGAUACAUCACUGACCCAGAGCAGUAUUGCCUAUUAACUUACUAUCUGAUCCUCCCAGUGCACUUUAAUUCUAUUGGGAUCUUCCUAGUCCACAUUAAUGUGCAUUUUUCUGACUGGUAGCUAUUACUGACAUUUCCAAAAAUGUUAGAAAGUUUCUGGGUGGUAUGUGUGCGUGUUUUGUUACAAGAGCUACUUUUCUUUGUAACCAGCCCUAAAGAAGUUUACCUCUAUACUCAUACCUGCUAUUAUAGUGCCAUAGGAAUAUAGAUUCUGGUUAUCUCUGUCUCGGAGGAGCCAAGGAAAAAAUAAUAGUAAAAGCUAAAAGGACAAAAUAAUGGUUUCUGUGCCAGGGAGUCAUGUGUAGUUUUAUUUUUUUAAUUGUUAUUUUAAAAAUAAUUUUAGUUUUCAAUUACAGUUGCUAUACAAUAUUAGUUUCCAGUGUACAUCAUAGAGAUUAGCCAUUUAUAUAAUUUAUUUAUCAUCUCAAUAUAUCUAGUACCCAUCCAGUACCAUAGUUACUAGAAUAUUAUUGACUAUAUUCCCUAUGGUGUACUCGACAUCCUUGUGGCUGUUUUUAUAACUAGCAGUUUGCACAUCUUAAUCUCCUCGUUUUUGGUUAGUCCACACCCGAGGAUAUUUUUUCCAUUGAUUUUUAGAGAGAGUGGAAGGGAGGGGGAAAGAUAAAGAGAAAUAUUGAUGUGAGAGAGACACAUGGAUCGUUUGCCUCCUGCACUGGGAUCGAACCUGUGACCUUCAGUCCGCAGGCCGACGCUCACCACCUUGCUGAACCUGCCAGGACUCCUUCUUCCCCUUUUUAAUAAGUGGGAUCAUCAACAUUGAUCUUGUUUCCUUUGUCUCCAACUAUGCAUAUUCUGUUGUAAGAUCAGUUUGUACACAGUAAUCUCUAUAACAAGAGAUUUUAUUUUGGAAAUGACUGAGAACUUGUGGGCAAAUUGGAGAUACUGAAUUACAGAUGUUAUUAUUUGGAGUCAUCCUUGUGAUUUGCUUCUGAAAUUAUUUUAACUCUUAGCUUCUCUUCCUACCUCAGUGAACUUACCCCGCCUCCCCCAAACAGCUAAAAUCAUAUGUAUUGCUAACCCCUUAGAGCAAUAACAGUGGUAGCUAUUCUGUACUAGAACUUUUUAUGUGCCAGGUGUCACUAAGUGCUUUAUAUACUCUACCUCAUUUAUGAAACCAUUGUAAAGUAGUAGUAGCAUGCUGUUAGUACAUAUUUUUAAAAAUGAGGCUAAAGGUAAGUUGUUUGCCCAGAUUCAUUCCAUCGAUAAGUGAGGAGGAAGCUGGGAUUUGAAUCCUGGCCUGUCAGACUCUCGUGCCCAUGCAUUUAACAACUGUGACUCCCACUUCAGGCAAAUGAGUUGGGUGUGGAAUGAUUUUUAUUAAUAAAUCAACUUUUUUACAAUGAAGCAGAGAAUGUGCGGGUUGAAUUGUUUAAUUUUUCUUGUACAUGGGGUGGAAAGGUAUAUUCUUAAAGUUCAGAAUAUUAUCAGUUUCCUAAGUAGGAAAGCUUAUUAAGAAUAUAAACCUUUUGCCUCUUACCUGAAGUAGUCCUGAUUUGUGUUGAAAGUGCUAUUUUUCUCAAACCCAGAUAAUUAAGAGAAAAAGGUACCAUUAUAACUCCUAUAGGUGUAAGAAGACUGGCAUGUUAUGAUGAUCAACUUUUUUUUAAAUGUGGGCACUCUCACACUAGUUUUUAUUAUACAAAUAAAGGCUAAGAUUGUUUUUUCUUAAAUACAUUUAUUAGGUUUAGUGUAUCACUGAUUUUUUCAAUAAAUUUGGAAUGAUUCAGGUUUAGUUCCUUUGUUCCAAUCAUGUUAGCAUUGUAUAUACACUGAGUGUCCAGAUUAUUAUGACCACCUGACAUUUGUAGGCAAAUUAGCUAUAAUUUUGCGCAGAAGUUGCUAUAGGGCCAGACCAUUAUAAACAGGGAAGCAGGUUGUUUACCAUGAUAGUAGAAGUGAUUUUUUUCUAAAGAUAUGGGUAAACAAUGCAAUUUAACAGCCUUUGAAUGUGGGAUAUAUACUAUUAUGAGUGGCCAGAUUAUUAUGAUCACCCCAUCAGUACUUCGUUGGGCCACCUUUUCCCUUCAAUACUGCGGUGAUUCUUCUUGGCAUUGACUCCACGAGAUGUUGAAAGGUGAUGCGAGGAAUCUGACACCAUGCCUGAUGAAUAGCACUGUCCAGUUCUGUGAGAUUUGAUGGUUGUGGAACCAGCUGCCUGAUGGCUCUUUCAACUUCAUCCCACAAAUGCUCGAUUGGAUUGAGAUCUGGUGAUUAUGGGGGCCACCUAAGCAAGGUAAAGUCUCCCUCAUGUUCUUGAAAGCACUCCUGCACAAUAGGAGCUCCGUGGCAUGGUGCAUUGUCUUGUUGGAAGAAGCCAUCUCCAUUGGGAUACGCCAUCAACAUGAUAGGAUGAACUUGAUCAGCAACAAUACUUAGGUAUGUUGUGCUAUUCAGACGUUGUUCCACACGAAUUAAAGGGCCCAAAUCAUGCCAGGAAAACAUGCCCCAAACCAUAACACUGCCCCCACCAGCUUGAAGGGUUGUACUCAUGCAUGUGGGGUGCAUGCUUUCAUGCUGUUUCCUCUAAAUUCUCACUCUGCCAUCUGCAUGAUGCAACUGGAAACAUGAUUCAUCAGACCACAUGACUUUUUUCCAAUGCUCGACUGUCCAAUCCUUGUGUUCCUGUGCAAAUUGGAGACGUUUUAUCUUGGUAACUGCAGACAGCAAAGGUGUUUGAACAGGCCUUCGGCUUCCAUAUCCCAUACGAUGCAGUGUAUGGCUAAUUUGCUUACAAACGUCAGGUUGUCAUAAUAAUCUGGCCACUCAAUAAUAUAUAUCCCACAUUCAAAGGCUGUUAAAUCGCAUUGUUUACCCAUAUCUUCAGAAAAAAAUCACUUCUGUCGUGGUAAAGAACCUGCUUCCCUAUUUAUAAUGGUCUGGCCCUCUAGCAACUUCUGCGCGAAAUUAUAGCUAAUUUGCCUACAAAUGUCAGGUGGUCAUAAUAAUCUGGCCACUUAGUGUAUAUUCUGAAUUUCAUCAUGUCCAGAAUCUUCUAAAUGUUACCAUUGCUGUGCCUUCGAAUUUGAAUUUUUAAUUCUUUGCAUUGAGACUUUUCAUACCAAUCACAUUGACUUUAUUUUUUCUUACGAUAUAGGAUUUCAUUACACAAAAAGAUGCUUUAAAAACAAUACCAUUUACCCAAAGGCAAUUUUUUUUAUAUCAAAAAGGAGUUAGGAAAAUAAUCUUCAAUGCCUAUAUAUGGGCUUUAAAAAACCAUACUCUACAUGCAGCUAAAUAGUAGUAAACUAUUGCACAUACUAUAUGCUUAAUGCUGUGUUAAGUGCAUGAAAAGGCAGUAUUGCUUAUUGGUUGCUUGAGAUCAAAUCCUGGCUACAUUGUUUACCUAGCUGAGUGACAGUGGUCAGGUAUUUGAUGUCUGUGCCUCAGUUUUCUUAUCUAUAAAAAUGGGCUGUUAUGAGUUCUUUCAAUCCAGAAGCUCUAAAAAUCAGAUUUGUGUGUAUAUAUGACUCUGUGGUACAAAACCUGAUGUGAACCCAGAACAUGAGUAGUCAUAUUUUGUUGCAGAAACAUAAAUAUGUUUAACUACAGAAUGUUUGCACAGAUCCUACUGAGGUGGUUACAAAAUAGAUGAUAUACCUAUAUUCUGAAAAACAAAAUUCUGAAUUCAGAAACACAUGGCUCCAGGGUUUUGAAAGAAUUAUGUACUUGUCUAUGUAAAGAGCAAUGCUUCAAGUUACAGAUAGCAUCAGCUUAUUGUAUAAGCUUUUAGACUGAGAGGUUUAAAUCCUAUGGAAAGCCUUUCUGUUAUAUAAGUUGAGUCCUUCAAGAUUCAGGAUUCUGUAUGAGGAAAGUAUAUCUGCUGGUUAAAAUUUGUUAAUAUAGUUUAAAAUUUUAUGCUUUAAAAGCAUAAGAGUUCAUAGAAAAGUUUUUUGCUUUCUGUGAAUAUUUUAAUUUACUUAAGCAGAACUUAAAUAUUAAAAGUAUUUUCAGCAGUACCUUAAAAAGAAUCACAAAGUGUUACUGGUGUCAGAAGAUACACUUACGUAGGAUGUUAAGGCACUUCCUUUCAGAAAUUCUCUGAUUUUAAUUCAAAUCUCAAAACAGUAAUACUAUUAGGGUUUAUAAAAACAAGGUGCAAAAACACUCCCUUUAAAACCAUGAAUUCUGUCCUAUUUCCAUCAGUGUAGAGAAGCUGAUAGAUGUUUUUUGCAAGAGUUGAGUUCACCCCCCGCCC